AUGGCGGUGAUGUGGCUUCGUCAACACCCUCGAGUCCUCUCUCUCCCAUGGCGACCGAUGAUUAAACGAUCGGAGAGAAGCAAUGCGAUUGAUGUGCUUUGCUCAGGAGUGCUUGGGCAUGAGGUGCCCAUCGAGCAAUGGAACCAAUUCUUCGUGGAGCCAGUUGAGCCGUUCACUCAGGAGGAACGCCGCGAUUGGUUAGCCGAACAGAGAAAUGUAGUGAUGUCUUCGGAUGCCUUUCUCCCGUUCAGAGACAAUGUCGAUUGUGCGAAACAAUUCGGUGUCGGCUACAUCGCUCACCCGGGGGGCUCUGUUCGCGAUGACGAAAUCAAAGAGGCCUGUGACGUACACAAAAUCGUGCUCAUCCACACAGGACUUCGCCUCUUCCACCAU